UAAAGACGGCGAAAGCAUUUGAACGUUAUUUUUGUGAUUGGCUACAUGUCAUGUUAAAAUGGCAAAGCGUGUUUUCAUCUGGCGCUAGAAAGUGAAGAAAAACGUAGGUUGAUUAAUUUCAAACAAUGAACUUUAUUGAAACUGUAUGUGCUUUAUGGGAACACGCCCACUUCUCUCGUCACCGUGUACCGCCCAGACUGUUAGCGGAUCAUAAACGUUUGUUUCGGGAACGUGACCCUUUGUUCCCAUCAGCUGAAGACCGACUCGGCGAAACACCGCUACCUGUACAUCACCAGAGCUAAAAUGGCUGACAAACUUAAAGUUGAGGAGGCUCGAAACGGUGAAGAAAACACAGCUCCUGUUGACGAGGCUCAUCUUCUAACAAAUGGCGAAGAGCAUACAACUCAAGGUCAGCUUGUUACACCAUCAGGUGUCCAAUCGUCAUACGCACCUGAUAAAACAGCAGCUCCAGAUAACUUCAUAACGGAGGCAUCAGUAUCUUUGAGUGCCAGUAACAGUAGGUCAGAGCCCUCUGACCAAGGCUUAGCAGAAACCCAGAGUCCUAACGUAUGCAAAGCAUCCACCUUGAGAUGUGGGGAAAAGCGUCCGAGGGAAUCAGAAGACCCCUCUGAUGUUCCUGUGAAACGCCGUGUGAGAGCAUCGGAAGAUAGCAGGAAAGAAUCUGUACCCAACUAUGACGCAAGAUGUGCUGAGCUGUGGAUCGAUGGUGAAACGGCUGCUUGUGAGGCUUAUGAGUCCUCAAAGUCCGCCCAACGUCAACGUGCUGUUCGACAACAUGCCAAUGGUAGCGACUUUUUACGUCUCAUUCAAACUAAAUUGGCAGCCUGUUUUCUACCCAUAGCAAAGAUGCUUCGUUUGAGUAUGGAGCAGAGCAGAGCUGACUUCGCUGGGGUUAUAAGUACAAUUAAUGCAAUGCAAAGGGAUACCAGACAGUUGACUAAUGAAGUACGUAAUAUGCGAGUGGAAGGAAGACAGAUUUUAGAUACAAUCUCUCUUAUGAAUGAAAGAAUGAGCGUCAUUCAAAGGCUUGCACUGGACUUGCAAGAAGUGUUGACUACUAGAAGAUGAGGGUCUGUUUGUUAUAGCAUACUGAUUCAUGUCCAAGCCUAGUUUUGCUACACAGCUUUUCCUUUUUUGAUAUACUUGAGUGAUUUUUUUUUAAUUCUUGUUUAUUGUAUCACUUUCCUGUGUUAUUUUUUUUUACUUUUAAAUAAACAAUUUCAAAAUGC